GGUUAUGAAAUGUGCACGCAGGAGGCCUUCCAGGCUCAGAGGAGUCAGCUGGUGGGGCUGUUGGUCUCAGGGUCCCUGGAGGGCUUUGAGAGCAUCCUGGACUGGCUCCUUUCCUGGGAAGUCCUCUCCUGGGAAGACUACGAGGGACUCAGCCUCCUGGGCCAGCCCCUCUCGCACUUGGCCAGGCGCCUCCUGGACACUGUCCGAAAUAAGGGCGCAUGGGGCUGUGAACAGCUCGUCGCGGCCAUCCGGGAGGCCCAGACCGACUGCCAGGCCCCAGAGCUUUCCGGUUGCUGGGAUCCCCACUCGCCCCACCCAGCCCGUGACCUGCAGAGUCACCGGCCAGCCAUUGUCAGGAGACUCUACAGCCAUGUGGAGGGUGUGCUGGAUCUGGCGUGGGAGCACGGUUUCAUCAGCCGGUAUGAAUGUGAUGAAAUCAGGUUGCCCAUCUUCACAUCCUCCCAGCGGGCAAGGAGGCUCCUCGAUCUUGCCACAGUGAAGGCGAAUGGGUUGGCUGCCUUCCUUCUACGUCAUGUUCAGGAAUUGCCAGUCCCGUUGGCCCUGCCUUUCGAAGAUGCCGCGUGUAAGAAGUACAUGUCCAAGCUGAGGACCACGGUAUCGGCUCAGUCUCGCUUCCUGAGCACCUAUGAUGGGGCAGAGAAUCUUUGCCUGGAGGAAAUAUACACAGAGAAUGUUCUGGAGAUCCGGACAGAGGUGGGCCUGGCCGGACCCCCGCAGAAGAGCCCUGUGACCCUGGGCCUGGAGGAUCUCUUCAGCACCCGUGGCCACCUCAAUGAAGAUGCAGACGCCGUGCUGGUGGUGGGCGAGGCGGGCAGUGGCAAGAGCACGCUGCUACAGCGGAUGCACCUGCUGUGGGCUGCAGGGCGCGACUUCCAGGAAUUUCUCUUCGUCUUCCCGUUCAGCUGCCGGCAGCUGCAGUGUGUGGUCAAGCCUCUGUCUGUGCAGAUGCUGCUCUUUGAACACUGCUGUUGGCCUGACCUUGGCCAACAGGACGUCUUCCGGUUCCUCCUUGACCACCCCAACCGUGUCCUCUUAACCUUCGAUGGCUUUGACGAGUUCAGGUUCAGGUUCUCGGAUCGCGAGCGUCACUGCUCUCCCACUGACCCCACCUCUGUCCAGAAUCUGCUGUUCAACCUUCUGCAGGGCAACCUGCUAAAGAAUGCCCGCAAGUUGCUGACCAGCCGUCCUGAUGCGGUGUCCGCAUUCCUCAGGAAGUACCUGCGCUUGGAACUCCACCUCAAGGGCUUCUCAGAAGAGGGCAUCGAGCUGUACCUGAGGAAGUGCCACCGUGAGCCAGGGGUGGCCGACCGCCUCAUCCGCCUGCUCAAAGGGACCUCGGCCCUGCAUGGUUUGUGCCACCUUCCUGUUGUCUCGUGGAUGGUGUCCAAAUGCCACCAGGAACUGUUGUUGCAUGGUGGGGGGUCCCCAAAGACCACCACGGAUCUGUACCUGCUGAUCCUGCAGCAUUUUCUGCUGCAUGCCUCCCCAGCAGACUUGGUGCCCCACGGUCUGGGAUCCGGCCUGCUUCGAGGCAGGCUCCCCACCCUCCUGCGUCUGGGCUGGCUGGCUGUGUGGGGCCUGGGCACGUGCUGCUACGUAUUCUCAGCCAAGCAGCUCCAGGCAGCACACAUCGACAGGGAGGACAUUUCUCUUGGCUUCCUGGUGCACGCCAAGAGUGUUGUGCCGGGGGGUGAUGCCACCCUGGAAUUCCUGCACAUCACCUUCCAGUGUUUUUUUGCAGCCUUGUACCUCGUGCUCAGUGCUGACCUGUCACCGUCCUUGCUCAGACAGCUCUUCAAUUGUCACCGGCCGCGCGGCUCGCUGCUGGCCCGGCUGCUGCCCCCCAUGUGCGUGCCGCGCUCAGAGGGCCAGGAGGGCGGCACGGCCGCUUUGCUGUGGGAGGCUGAGCCGCACAACCUCCGGAUCACAGCAGCCUUCCUGGCGGGGCUGCUGUCCCGGGAGCACGGAGGCCUGCUGGCCGAGGGCCAGGUGUCUGAAAAGGCCCUGCUUCAGCUCCAGGCCUGCGCCCGCAGAUGUCUAUCCCACAGCCUCCACGAGCACUUCCACUCCAUCCCCCAGGCCGUGCCGGGGGAGGCCAAGAGCAUGCAUGCCAUGCCCGGGUUCAUGUGGCUCAUCCGGAGCCUGUACGAGAUGCAGGAGGAGCGGCUGGCCCGGCAGGCCGUGCGGGGGCUCAAGGUCGGGCACCUGAAGCUGACGUUUUGCGGCGUGGGCCCUGCAGAGUGUGCCGCCCUGGCGUUUGUGCUGCGGCACCUCCGGUGGCCUGUGGCCUUGCAGCUGGACCACAACUCUGUAGGGGACCUUGGUGUGGAGCAGCUACUGCCUUGCCUGGAUGUCUGCAAGGCUCUGUACUUGCGAGAUAACAAUAUCUCCGACCGAGGUGUCUGCAAGCUCGUGGAGCAUGCGCUGCAGAGUGAGCAGCUGCAGAAGUUAGCGCUCUUCAACAACAAACUGACGGAUGGCUGUGCACAUCCCAUGGCCAGGCUCCUUGCGUGCAAAGGGAACUUCUUGGCGUUAAGGCUGGGGAACAACCAUAUCACUGCCGCAGGAGCCCAGGUGCUGGCCGAGGGGCUCAGAGCCAACGCUUCCUUGCAGUUCUUGGGGUUGUGGGGCAACAAGGUGGGUGAUGAGGGGGCCCAGGCCUUGGCCGAAGCCUUGGGGGAUCACCAGAGCUUGAGGUGGCUCAGCCUGGUGGGCAACAACAUCGGCAGCGUGGGGGCUCAAGCCUUAGCAUUAAUGUUGGAAAAGAACGUGGCACUGGAAGAACUCUGCCUGGAGGAGAACCAUCUCCAGGAUGAAGGUGUGUGUUCUCUUGCCAAAGGACUUGAGAGGAAUUCAAGUUUGAAAGUUCUAAAGCUGUCCAACAACUGCGUCACCUACCUUGGGGCAGAAGCCCUCCUGCAGGCCCUGGAAAGGAAUGAUACCAUCCUGGAAGUCUGGCUCCGAGGCAACACUUUCUCUCCCGAGGAAAUUGAGAGGCUCAGCCAGAGGGACACCAGACUCUUGCUCUGA